UGCUUAUUGCUUUGAAUUUUUGAAUGUGUUCGUUUAUUAUUUUUUACUCAUUGUUUUUCAAGUGUUACACAUUUAAUUUUAUCAAAGUCAAUACUUUAGAUUGUACGAUUACAUAAACAAUUUUACAGAGCCCCCCAAAAAAUGGAGCAGUGGAACAAUGUGGAGCUGACAAACAUGUCCAAAAAAUCGUACACUUUAAAUCAUGCGUACGAUGCAGCUGAAAAACUGAAAAAGGAAAACAGUGCCACGUCCUCGAAUGGAAAUGGAAACGAUAAGGAGGAUAAGACUGUGGAUAACGAUCUGCUAAAGCCCGGAUCGGAUGUGCGUCCAAAAGUGGAGCCAGACGAUGUGGAGAGCCUGCUUCGGCGCCUCUAUGGGAUCACGAUAAGCGAGGUUAAGGAAAUUAUCGCCUACGAUGAUCGAAACUUCUUCGUCAAAGAAGAUAGCAAUGUCAAGAACCCUCUAAUAGUAACCCACUGUCCACAUGGCUAUGUCCUAAAGAUUCUUAACUCAUUGGACUCCAAGAAAGAGGACUUUGUAGAUGGGCAAAAUCAACUUCUGCUUUAUUUGGCAAAACACAGUGUUAAGUGCCCCAGGCCAAUAGCCAAUGCAACUGGAAAAUAUUACUCGGUAGAACGACUCAACGGUAAUUCAAAUGUGGUGCGGCUACUGGAAUUUAUACCAGGUGAAAUUUUCCACCAGGUCCCAGUUACAAAGCACCUGCUGUAUCGUAGCGGAGAAUACUUGGCCAGGCUGGAUAGAGCCUUGAAGAAUUUUACCCACCAGGCAUACGAAACCCACAAGACAUUGUGGAUGCUGCAAAGUGUUCCGGAACUUAGACAAUUUCUGUAUGUCGUAAAGGAUCAGGAGCGUCGACUUAUAUGUGAGGAGGUUAUCGAUGCCUUCGAGGUGAAGAUACUAAGUUUAUUGCCCAACUUGGAGCACCAGAUCAUCCACGGGGAUUUCAACGAACAGAACAUUGUAGUGGAGCAGGUCCCCAACCAAACCGAAUACACUAUCAAGGGAGUGAUUGACUUCGGAGAUACGAGCAAUUCGCCGUUGAUAUUCGAGAUUGGAAUCGCUCUAACUUAUAUGAUCCUCCAGGCCAACGAUCUGGCUAAUGGAGGCAUCUUUUUGGCUGGCUACACCAGUGGGAAUCCCAUCGAGAACUCUGAACUCGCACACCUCAAAUAUUGUGUGGCUGCUCGAUUGGUUCAAAGUUUGGUAAUGGGUCUUUACACACACACACUGCAUCCCACAAACGAUUACCUACUGGUGACCCAGGAACAGGGAUGGAAACUUCUUCAAAAGCUUUGGCGCGAGAGCUUGGAGAAUGUGGAUGAGCUGUGGGCGACCACCGGACAUCAGUACUUGACGCAAAGCAAUAAGUAAUAAAGAAACGCAAUAUCCUUUUGCCUUUUUCGGUUUUUUAAAUUAUUUAGGUUUUUACAAAACCAUUCUGGUCAUCAAAGAAAUUAUUUGCUUUGGUUUUGUUUUUAGAUUUAAUAAAUAUUAAAAACAAGUUAUAGCUAAGCAAAAACGAGUUAGAAUGGAAUAAAAUAUGUGCAAUAAAAGUUCAACCAAUCAAAACUUUUUGAUAAAGGCAGCUAUAAAAACGAGACCAUAUUUAAAUCAGAUCCUUGAAAAAACCGAAUCAGGUCAGAUAAAUAGGGUUUCUUAAAACCAUAUGUCAAUUAUUAGGAUUUCAUUAACAUAUCACCUGUGUAAAAUAAGUUACAAGUCAAAGUAUUGAUUGCAUUUUGUUGCUUUAUCCGGUAUAUUAUUAUCAUUAUCUUUACAAUAAAACUUGUUAAACAAAUACAAAUACAUUGUAUGUAGUACAUUUAUUCUUA